AUGCCUGGGAGCUGUACUGCCUGGAGCACGGGAUCCAGACGGAUGGGAUCAUGCCCUACAGCCUUGGCCAUGGGUAGCACUCAGCAGACAACUCCUUCAAUACGUUCUUUGAGAGCACGGGGCGCCGGGAAGUAUGUCCCAGAGGCCAUCUUUGUCGACCUGGAGCCAACCUGUAUAGAUGAAGUAAGGACGGGAGCCUAUCGUCAGCUGUUCCACCCGCAGUCUCUGAUUACAGGCAAGGAAGACGCCGCCAACAACUACGCUAGGAGGCUAUUACACCAAAAGGGCGGGAAAUACUUGGACCUAGUUCUGGACAGGAUCCGGAAAAUGGCUGACCAAUGCACUGGACUCCAAGGCUUCUUCAUAUUUCACAGCUUUGGCGGCGGGACAGGCUCGGGGUUCACCUCGCUGCUGAUGCCUCAGCUAACCCACGACUACAGUAAAAAGACCAAAAUGGAGUUCUCAAUUUACCCAGCCCCACAGAUUUCUACAGCUGUAGUAGAACCGUACAACGCCAUCUUAAACACGCACACUUGUCUGGAACAUUCCAACGUCUGCUUCAUUUUCGACAACGAGGCCUGCUACAACAUUUGCCAGCGAAAUUUGGACAUCGCCCGGCCUAGAUACACUAACAUCAAUCGGCUGAUUGCACAGGUCGUUGCUGCUGUGACAGCAUCGUUGAGAUUUGAAGGUUCUCUAAAUACGGACCUUGUGGAGUGGCAGACGAAUCUGGUGCCUUUUCCCAGAAUACAUUUCCCUCUGGUAUCCUACGCUCCAGUCAUAUCUGCUGAAAAGGCUUACCACGAAUCGCUGACCGUUGGUCAGUUGACAAACGCCUGUUUUGAACCAUCCAAUCAAAUGAUUUCCGUAGAUCCACGGAGAGGGAAGUACAUGGCCUGUACAAUUCUGUACCGAGGGGAUGUUGUACCUGGCGAUGUCAACUCUGCUAUUUCUGCCAUCAAGUCAAAAAGAUCCAUCCAGUUUGUGGAUUGGUGUCCAACAGGGUUUAAGGUGGGAAUCAACUACCAGCCUCCAACAACAGUCCCCGGAGGAGAUCUG